AUGACGGCCAGAUGCGAUGGGAAGGAUAGGCAAGGCACGGUCGUAGUGGUCGACAGCUUGGGACCGUCGUUAUGUGGCAGAGACACGAUCAAGGCUUUCAAUGAAAUCGGAGUGCCUAUGCUGACAAACGUCGUCGCGAGCGUGCAACCGAUCAAGUUCAACGGACCCAACACGGGACUAGAGGCCCUACUCAGCGAAUAUGCUGACGUCUUUGCUCCUGGUCUCGGAUUGUGCAAGGGACCUCCGGUGACAUUCCAGUUGAAAGAAAACGUGGUUCCACGGUUUUUCAAGGCCCGGACUGUACCUUACGCCUUGAAGGACAAGAUGUCGGAUGCGCUGGAUCAGCUAGUAGCCCAAGACGUCCUCACGCCUGUGAAAACCGCCGAGUGGGCAACACCAGUCGUACCCGUUCUAAAGAAGGAUGGGUCGCUCAGAAUUUGCGGAGAUUUUCGGAUGACGGUCAAUGCGGCCACUGCGACGGAGCAGUACCCGUUGCCACGAGUGGAGGACAUUUUUGCGAAACUGAAUGGAGGGGAAGUUUUCACGACGUUGGACCUGCGCCAGGCCUACAACCAGCUACCGUUAGAUGAGCACGCUCAGAAGAUAGCAGUCUUGAACACUCAAAAAGGUCUUUUUUGUUUUAAACGGCUGCCUUUUGGCGUAAGUUCUGCACCGGCCGUGUUUCAGAGACGGAUGGACGCGCUUCUGAGCGAUAUUCCAGGAGUACAGGUGUAUCUGGAUGAUAUUAUCGUCGCGGAAAAGCGAAGUGACAUGUCACGGCUGCGGAAAGUCCUCCAGAGAUUGCGAGAAUAUGGUCUACGGUUGCACAAGGAAAAAUGCAAAUUUCGUCAAGGCGAGGUCACCUUUCUCGGCCAUCGUAUCGACGCUAAAGGACUGCGUCCAAAAGACGAGAACAUCAAGGCCGUUCGCGAAGCCCCAGAGCCCACUUCGGUGAGCGAGCUCAAAGCAUUUUUAGGUCUUGUGAACUAUUACGGCAAAUUCUUGCCGAACCUGGCGACCGUGCUCGCUCCGCUAUACGCCCUUCUCGCCAAAGGUGCCAAGUGGCAGUGGAAGCAGGAACACAAAGAAUCUUUUCGGAAAGUUAAGGAGGCAACGGAGGACUCCCAGUUUUUGGCCCAUUUUGAUCCUGAUAAGCCGUUGAGGCUGGAGUGUGAUGCGUCACCAGUAGGUAUCGGAGCCGUUUUGUCUCACCGUGUCAAUGGCGUUGAUUACCCUAUUGGUUUCCGCUCCAGGAAGCUUACAAGGGCAGAAUGUAAUUACUCGCAGUUGGAAAAAGAGGCUCUGGCACUCGUGUUCGGGGUUGCCCGAUUCAAGGACUACUUGUACGGACAUGAGUUUGUCCUGGUGACUGACCACAAACCACUUACUGGUUUAUUAAAUCCAAAAAAGGCGAUACCCCCGAUGGCAGCCGCCCGAAUUCAGCGUUGGGCCUUGUUUCUCGCUAAUUACAGCUAUACGGUGCAGUAUCGUAAAGGCAGUGACCAUUCAAACGCAGAUGCCCUCAGCCGAUUGCCACUGCCUGGUUCAGCGCCACGAGAAGGCCAUUCCGACGAACGGGAGUACGUUUUGUUCGCCCAAGCGAUGGAGGAAACGGCGAUAUGCGCCCGAGAGGUGAAAGAAAUGACUGAUCGAGACACCACUCUCCAGCAGGUCAAAGAAUGGAUUUUUGCGGGAUGGCCGGUGUUUCGACCCCAGAAUCACGAGCAGUACCGGCCGUACUUCAACAGAAGGAUGGAACUGACCGCUUCCGCGAUGCCACCUGCCCAGGUACCUGCGACAUGGCCAUCGACCGGGGAAGGUUGGAGCCGUCUGCACGCUGAUUUUGCAGGUCCGGUGGACGGACACAUGGUCUUGGUCAUCGUAGACUCGGAAACGAAAUGGAUCGAAGCGGUGCCAAUGAAGAUUGCCACGUCUGAAACCACGGUACCGCCGAACACCCGGGCAGGAUGGCAAGUCACCGGCUGA